GCCGCUGUUUCGCAACUCACGUCAGCAGUCUCUCGACGUGUGCUUGACGACGCAGACGCUGAGCGCGACAGCUGUCCCAACUGAAUACACGGAAGGAGCCAUGACGGACGACGCACGCAUCCAGGACCCUGAGUACCCGGCGCAGCUUUUCAAGUCUGUGGUCGGAACCGACACUAAGGCCGUCGGCCACAGGAUUGUCUACCGGGCCGUCGCCUCGGGACCUUGGCCGCCGGUGGGCAGGAAGACGCUGGUGCUGUUGACGCGCCAGCUCUACCAAGACGUUGUCAACGAGGUGACGCUCGAGCAGUUUGAAGGGAUCUGCGCUGCGCUCAGUAAACUGAGCAUCACCUUUGCAGAGCACUCUGAAUACGGCAGGAUGACCGCUGACGGUCUGAAGUCUGCCGUGGUGCCGGCAGGUGACGUGGUAAGUCGGCGGCUGGAAGCCGACAUUAUGGAGCGCUACCAGCACGACACUGAUGGCACCAUAGGCUUCGAUGACUUCGUCAGGGCGUGGACCGCCAUCGAGAUCACCAAGGAAUUCUUCGAGAUGGCUGAGCAAGCAGAAGAUGGUAGAGCUGCGGUCACAUGGAGUCGUUACUUCAGUUUCAUGUUGUCAAAGUCAACUGAUUUCAUAGACUACUGAGCAGCCAACGCAGCGUUUUCUGCCUUUAUAAAUCAAAUGAUGAACCGGUGCGUUUUCUUUUUCCCGGAACACCAAUAAACGGGAGUUCUUGAGCAAGU